GUCGCAAGGUGUCUGCAAAACGAUGGGACGAACUGAUGAUCGGGAAAAGGUUCGUGAACUUUAAUGCCCUGCAGAAUCUGGGAGAUUCCAAUAAGCCCGCAGUAGCCAUUGGUGUCCUCUACGAAAAAGGUUUCGCCAAGACCUCCAACACAGGCAGUCAGUACGUGCACUGGUCCUUCACGGAUUUUUGCACGCCACAACCGCGGCUCUUGAAACUGCUGCUUUGCAGCGAAGCCUUUGAAGCCUGGCACGUGGAUCUGGGCAAAACCGUGCACUAUGGGGCUGUCUUUGCCAUGCUGAACCCGACGGCGUCCAACCAGCGUCCAGACCAGGGCUCAGAGACGUUGAUCUCCGCCAAAGUGACGCACUCAACGCAGUUGGUGCUGCUGGGUCAGUUUCCCUCCCUGGGCUUUUGCUCCUGCCACAAGAAAGAUGGCCUCCCCUGCAGCAUGCCCUGUGACACGGAGAAGACGGGCGGCAGAUUGGUCUGUUUCUACCACACCAUGCACCAAGAAGCGCAGAAGAUUCGCAACUUUGCCGAGAUGAAGAAAUCCCAGGGCACUCGAGGAGCUGACGUCACUCCCGGGUUGGUGGUGCGACCAGGCCCAACGCCGAAAGCCAAAGGUGCCAGCAAAGGUACCUCCAGCUGUCAGGCCGGAGCUCGCGUGACCAUGUCGUGGAACCAGGCCAUGCUGGCGCAGGCCCAAGGCUGGGGCCACAUGGAGAUAGGCCGCCGUCCCCACCAUGCGCGACCGCAUCUACUGGGCACGCGGCCACCGGCUGAAACAAAGAGGGAAGCAAAGGAAAACAAACAACAUGUACAAGCCCUCCAUCAGCAGACCAGUUCACACCAGAUCUCCCCAUCGCCCCUGCACUCCCUGGACUUCCCACUGCUACCCCGACACCAUGCCUCAACAUCAGCUGUGGGUGCGGGCAGGACACGGGAUGUCCUGGCCGAGAUUUUGGACUUUUGGUCUUCACUGCAGCGAGACUUGAAAGAUGUUUGGAGGAAGCACAGCUGGAUGCAACUGACGCCUGAGGCAGCGUUUGCAGGUGAGCUGGGCCGGUGGGGCGCGGCCAACGGCAAGCCCCAUGGCGUGGGAUGUUUGACUCUGGCAGAGACUCAGCAUCUGGGUUCCUUCCGUGAAGGGCGCGCGGAAGGUGUGCUUCGGGAAAUGGAAGUGCAAUGCCAGGGUGGGCGAUUUCAUCCUCUUAGAUGCGCAAGGAAUCUCGACGUGGCGCUGUUGCUUCUCUUUCAGGUUGCCCGUAAGUUUCCAAAACGAAAAGGCACUCUCAGGAUCUCUCAGGAAGCAAAGAGGGGAUGA